CUCGAGGCCCUUAUUUCUCUGCGCCCCAAGACGCAGUUACAACACCCUUGGUCGCGCUUUAUUAGCAUUUGAAUUUUGUGACAGAUUUUGAGUGGCUUCUUUCGGAUCUGAUCUGGCAUUUCUCAUUCGAAUUACCCCGCGAGUCAAAAUGGCUACCCCGCCUCCUGGUGCAGCGGAGGUCGUAGUCCCCGUACACGAUGGUGAGAAGAAAGGGGCCACCGAGCAGCAGAUCGACCCUUGGAAUGUUGAAGCUGGGCAUGACGCUCAAGGAAAUGCUCUUGCUAUUGACUAUCUUGCGCUUUCGCAGAAAUGGGCGACCAAGUUAAUAGAUGACGAGCUCCUCCAACGCUUCGAGCGUCUUACUGGCCACAAACCCCAUCGCUGGCUGAGGCGCGGCCUUUUCUUUUCGCAUCGCGAUUUCGACAAUAUCCUCAAUAAAUACGAGCGGGGGGAGCCUUUCUUCAUGUAUACGGGGAGAGGCCCUUCAACGGAUGCGCUACAUUUGGGUCAUACGAUCCCUUUCUCGUUCACAAAAUGGCUACAGGAUGUAUUUGAUGUUCCAUUGGUGAUUAUGCUUACAGACGACGAAAAGGCCCUUUUUAAGGACAAUCUCACAUUCGAAGAUACAUAUAAGUUCGGGUUGCAGAACGCGAAGGAUAUCAUCGCUUGCGGUUUUGACCUGAAGAAGACUUUCAUAUUUAGUGAUCUGGAUUAUGUCAAAGGUCACUUUUUGAUGAACGUUUGGGAAUUCUCGAAACUCGUAACGUUUAACCAGGUUCGAGGAGCCUUUGGGUUUAAUGAGAGCACAAAUAUCGGCCGGAUAAUGUUCCCCGCUGUGCAAUGUGCCGCUGCAUUCGCAACGUCAUAUCCGGAGAUCUGGUCUGAUAACCCCUCCACUGUGAGGACGAAAGACAUAGGCAAAAUCCCUUGUUUGAUUCCUAUGGCUAUUGAUCAAGAUCCAUAUUUCCGACUCGUCCGCGACAAUGCUUCUCGUAUGCGAUUUCCAGGGCCAAAGCCGGCGCUGAUACAUUCUAAAUUCCUUACGGCUCUGCAAGGUAUCGGAGGAAAAAUGAGCGCAAGCGACCCGAAUUCUGCAAUUUUCAUGACGGAUACGCCCAACCAAAUCAAGAAAAAAAUCACGAGGCAUGCAUUUAGUGGGGGCCGAGACAACAUAGAAGAGCACAGACGGCUAGGCGGUAAUCCUGACGUUGAUGUUUCGUUCCAAUACCUCUCGUACUUUGAAGAAGACGACGAAAAGCUCAAGAAGAUUGAGGAAGGUUACCGGAAGGGAGAGAUCCUUACUGGCGAGCUUAAGAUGAUGGCCAUCACUUUACUGCAGGAGUAUGUGGCAGAGUUCCAGGAGCGGAGAAAGCUUGUUACGGAUGAACUUUUGAAGCAGUAUAUGACUCCCCGGAAGCUGGAAUGGAAGGGAAAUCCCAACCCGAAGCCCAAAGAGGUCAAGCCGAAGGAAUCAAAACCGAAGGAGCCCAAGGUAAAGAACGAAGCGAAGAAGCCCCAAGACGACAAUUGACAGGAAAUAAAGCUCGAGAUAUGUCGAUUUGAUUAGUUGAUUAGAUAGAGGUUUGGAUGUAAAUAUUAGUGUUUGCAUGCAAAAACCACACCUUUCUAUAUCUAGAAAUCUAGAAAUAUUGAAUAGAUAAUAAGAGUUAAGAGUGUAAGAAAUCCCGCUCCUCGCGGAUCCUUUACCCCUAUUUUUAUCUCUUGUGUAAUCAAUAGAGUUAGCAGCCCUUGACUACAAACAACUAUAUAGACUGGAGUUUGUGACUACUAUUCAUAACUCA